AGAGGAAACGGAAAUAAACAGAAAAAUACAGCAAUUUUUCACCAUUUCAAGUCGGGCGAGGUGGGAGAGCUCAACCUCAUCAACGAUUAAAGACAACCGGAGCGGAUUCUAGGGUGUUUCUAACGAGAGAGCGAGUGUUGGCCCUCACAAGUUGUUUUCUAGAGUUUCUCGCCGUGAUCUUUAUGUGAGGAUCGCGACGGGAGGAGAGACCCGGGGCUGACAGACAGAGAGAGAGAGAGAGAGAGAGGCAGGGAUAUAAACCGCAUCAGGAGGCAUCUUCCACUGCUUCGAACCUUACCACAUAGGUGUCCGUCAGGCGGUAUCAUGGAGGCCAUCGCCAAGUAUGAUUUCAAAGCAACUGCAGACGAUGAGCUGAGUUUUAAACGUGGGGAAAUAUUGAAGGUAUUAAAUGAAGAGUGCGAUCAGAACUGGUACAAGGCAGAACUAAAUGGCAAAGACGGUUUCAUUCCUAAAAAUUACAUCGAGAUGAAGGCACAUCCGUGGUUCUUCGGGAGGAUCCCCCGGGCCAGAGCUGAGGAGAUCCUAAACAAACAGAGGCACGACGGAGCCUUCCUCAUUAGAGAGAGCGAGAGCGCUCCUGGAGACUUCUCCCUGUCUGUCAAGUUUGGCAAUGAUGUACAGCACUUCAAAGUGCUGCGCGACGGGGCUGGAAAGUACUUCCUGUGGGUCGUGAAGUUUAACUCUCUCAACGAGCUGGUGGACUAUCACCGCACCACUUCCGUUUCCCGAAACCAACAGAUAUUUCUACGAGACAUCGAGCAGGUGCCUCAGCAUCCAACAUACGUGCAGGCCCUGUUCGACUUCGACCCUCAGGAGGACGGCGAGCUCGGCUUCAGACGCGGAGACUUCAUUCAGGUCCUGGACAACUCUGACCCCAACUGGUGGAAGGGAGCCUGUCACGGCCAGACGGGCAUGUUCCCGCGCAACUACGUCACGCCCGUCAAUCGGAACAUGUAAAGGAAAGAAGCCAUUUAGUGAAUAAAUUGUAAUUAACGGCCCCUCACAUUCACAUACAAUCAGACUACCCUACAUCUCCCCGUCGACACCCGUAAAGUCCUGUGAAAUUUAAAGCGGCGCAGAGGAAUGGAAAUCCUGACCGAAAACAAGGAGAAGAGAGAGAGAGAGAGUGAGAGAGAGAGAGAGAAAAAACCCGUAGUGCAGAGGCUGGACGUUUCCUCCUCUGCCGCGGUGCCCGGGCGAAACUAUUAUUCCUGAGAAUCGUGAUGUCUUCAUGAACGCUUGCAGUCCAGACUGAGCUGUUAGGGCGAAGGAAAGGCUGAAUCCUAGCAUAGUAAAACACACAUAAAUUAAAACAACAAUGAUUCUGUCUGUAGAUUCAUCCUGCUGCUUCUGGCUUCUUUUCUAGUUCGCGGAAUAGAAUUUUUUUUUUUUUUUUUUUUUUUUUUUUUUUUUGGGCUGCAUGUUUAAAUCUCUUUAUAAUAGUAAAUCCUGAAGCUGUUUUUAAAAAGGAAAAAAAAAAACGUUUAAAAAUAUAUAAAAAUGUAAGAGUUAAAAACUUGCAAAUGCAUUGUACAUCUGGGCUCUGGAAAAAAAAAAUCACCUAUAGAGAGAGAAUCCAUUUUUUUAAGAAUAUAUAUAUUAUAUAUUUGUAUGUGUCUGUCUGUUUUACCUUUCGACGUAUUUUUAUUUUUAUUUUAUUUUUUCCAAUUGUAAAUUGUUAAUUUUUUUUUUUUUUCCGCGGGAGGGCAGGUGAAACCGAGUAGCUCUGAGUCGUGCUGAUUUCCGGAGCAUCUCGGAUGUGACGGCGUGUUAUUUAACGCAUCUUCUUUUCCAUUUGACGUCGUUCUCGCUUGUUUUAGAACCGGUAGGGGAGCGCGUCCUCCGUCGCCGAGGAGCUUCCGAUCAUGCAGGAGCUGAUCUAAUGUGAAAAGCUAGACGGCUAGCCACCAUUUUAAGCCAAUGUAUUUAUUGCAGCCACUUUUUUUUUUUUUUUUUUUUUUUUUGCCUCGGGAUGUGAAUGUAGCCGACAUCGCUCUCCCCGCGAGGGACGUCAGAUCGGAGAGAGCUGAACCACAGUCGCAUGAUCUCAGCUCAACGGUGUCCAUGUCUAAAGCUGUUCACGUAACCAAACCAUUCAAAAUCAUGAGAUUCGGUGGGGAAAAGCUGGCAGAUGCCAGUUAAGCCAGUAAGAAGUAAGAGACCAGAGAGUUUUGUUAUAUUUGAGUUGUCACAUGGAGCUAAUGUGAUGUUUUCUUCUGUCUUUUCAGUGUUGUAUGUUUUAGCUCUUAUGUAUUUUCGUGUAUUAUUGCCCCCCUCCUCCUCCUUUUUAUUUGUUUUUGUUCUCUCUGGAUUAGUGCCUUUUUCUCUGGUGUGUGACAGUGUCUCUGGCUUGCUGCUUUAGCCUGAGCAUUGGGCUUCAUCAGACCCUCGGUGAGAAAUCAUGUCCCCUUUCUCCUCCUGAACACACCUGCACACACUCGCUCCUAUUUAAAUGCCUCGCCUUUUUCUUAACUUUUGGUUUAUUUUUUUUGUUUUGUUUUUUUUGCCUUUUUCCUUGUUUCUUUUGAAUAAAUAAAAAGAAAAUGAUAAAAAAAAAAGAAAGCAGUGUUGUGUCAGAUGCUUUAUUUUGGAUGAAUGUGUUUUUCUAGUAUCGUAUACUGCAUUUUCCUUUGUAUUUAAUUUUUAAUUUUGUGUGUGUGUGUGUGUGUGUGUGUGUGUGUGUGUGUGUGUGUGUGUGUGUUCUCUCACAUAUAUCCGAGACGUAGAGGAGUUUGUUUCUUCAUCUGAACAGGUUUUAGAGCAUCCUGCUCACUGAGUCGUAAAAGCAAAAAUCAAACAUCUGGCUAAAAUACGAGUCCUUAAUAUUGACUUCAUCCAAUCUGAAUCAGGAAACGGUUAUAAUUAAACCGUUACUAUAUGCUGUGCAUUUUGAUGUGAAGUAGGUUUGAAAAGGGGACGGACAUUUUCACUGGUGGUGUUAUAAAAACCUCAUAUUUUGGUUUGUAAUGAUACGCAUCUUCAAAUCUGAUCUGAUGAAGAAACAAACUCCUCUAUAUCUUUGACGGCCUGAAGGUGAGCAUGUAUUCAUAUUUGGGUGAAUCAUCUCUUUAAAUUUGACGUGUGUCGCUGUAAUGCAAAGGGUCAGGUGGGGAAUAUUUGUGUAGACAAUUAUAUUCAAUCUGAGGUGGACUAAUAUUUGGCAACCACAAAAUGCUGCUUUGUGAUGGAGUUUGGGCUUUGUUUUCCCUCCUGUUUUUCUUUCUGUGAAACCGGAAGCCAUGGCUGGAUAAUUUCAUGUUCACAAUCACCCUGGAGGGCUCAAAAUUGUGAAUAUGAAUGGGAUCAUACUUCAGAGAUAUCAUACUCAUAGGAAUUUAUAGGGGUGCCAAUAAUUGUGUUUAACAUGUAUUAGGGAAAAACAUUUAUUUAAUCUGAUUUUCCCCUAUUUUAUCCAAUGAAAGGUUAGAUUUUUGUGAUUUUUUUUUUUUUUAAAUAUAAAAAAGCAUAAGGACUAGUAAUGCAUAAACAGUGCCGAGCAAAAAUGAGUACAUCCUAGCAGAUUUUUUAUAUCUCUCUAUGAAUUGUAUACAGAUGCAUCUCAAUAAAUUAGAAUGUCGUGGAAAAGUAAAUUAUUUCAGUAAUUCAACUCAAGUAUUCAAUUCAGACUGUAGUAGUUUACGUUUAAAUAAUUUUGGCCCACACUUAACAAAACCCACCAAUUCACAACAAUAUGAUGACAUGCCAAGCAGCGAAUCAACUCAAAACACCUGCAAUUGACUUUCCUGAGCCUUCGAAAUAGUCUCUCAGUUUGGUUCACUAGGCUACACGAUCGUGGGGAGGACUGCUGAUCUGACCGUCGUCCAGAAGACGAUCAUUGGCACCCUUCACAAGGGUGUCACAAACAUUCAUUGCCAAAGAAGCUGGCUGUUCACAGAGUGCUGUAUCCAAACGUGAUAACAGAAAGUUGAGUGGAAGAAAAAGAUGCACAACCAACCAAGAGAACUCCAAGAGAACAAAAUCGAUUCAAGAAUUUGAGUGAACAUCUCAAGUUACGGACUAAGGCUGAGGUAAAGGGAAAAAGAGCCACCACACACUGACGUGUCAAGCAAUUUGGCCAGAGUUGUGUUCCUCUUGUUAAGCCAGUCCUGAACCACAGACAACGUCAGAGGUGUCUUACCUGGGCUAAGGAGAAGAAGAACUGUUGCUCAGUGGUCCAAACUCCUCUUUUCAGAUGUUUUAGAGUCUGGAGGAAGGGCGGAGAAGCUCAUAGUCGCUUGAAGUCCAGUGUUAAGUUUCCACCCUUUGUGAUGAUUUGGGGCGCAGUCUCAUCUGCUGGUGUUGGUCCAUUGUGGGUUUUUUUUUGAAAACCAACCUCACUGCACCCAUUUACCAAGACAUUCUGGAGCCCUUCAUGCUUCCCUCUGCUGACCAGCUUUUUGAAGAUGCUGAUUUAAUUUUCCAGCAGGAUUUCGCACCUGCCCACCAAAAGUUGGUUAAAUGACCAUGGAGUUGGUGUGCUUGGCUGUCCAGCAAACUCAACGGACCUGAACUCCAAUCUAUGGUGUACUGUCAAGAGGAAAAUGAGAAACAAGAGACCAAAAAAUGCAGAUGAGCUGAAAGCCACGGUCGAAAGAAACCUGGGCUUCCAUACGACCUCAGCUGUGCCACAAACUGAUCUCCUCCAUGCCUCGCUGAACUGAGGCAGUAAGAGAAGAAGUAAAAGGAGCCCCUACCGAGUAUUGAGUACAUGUACAGUAAAGGAACAUACUUCACAGAAGGACGGUUCCAGAACAAUUCGUAAAGAAAUGUUCUAAUUUGUUGAGAUAGUGAAUUGGUGGGUUUUUCUUAAAGCCAAAAUCAUCUCGGCUAAAAGAACCAGAGACUCAAACGCCUCCAUCUGUGUGCACUGAAUUUAUUUAAUACACCCAAAAUUAACGUUUCAGUAGAAAACAUAAAAAAAUCGUAAGUAGCAGUGAAUCACCAGCAGAUUCUUCAAAAUGGGAUUCAAUGAGAAUCCACUCUACUCGAAUGCUUCCAAAAUGACACCACAUGGAAAAGACAUUAAAUAAAUCAUUUCUUUGCACAAAAAAAGGACAAGGUUACAAGUAAAUUAGUAAAGCAUUGGUAAUAAAUUUGAAGGCAGUGGCAAAAGUGAUCCAAAAACGAAAGAAGGGUGACCUUGUGGGAAGCUCUCUGAGACGUUCAGGGUGUCCACACAAGUUAACACCUCGGCAGGAAGGUUUCGUGAUGAGAGAAGCUGAAAGAAAUCAGCAUGCGCGUUCGGCACAGUUGUCAAGGUCCUUAGAAAGAGUGUGUCCUGUGACACCAUAAGACGGACACUACAGAGGCGCCACUGCUGAAGCCCGUGCACAAAAGAGCCUGUCUAGAAGUUGCUGCAGCUCAUGUCGACAAACACAAAGCCUGUUGGGACUCCGUGCUUUGGAUUGAUGAGACAAAGUAAAGCGUGGCGGUGAGAGCGCUCUUCUGUGGGGCUGCAUGGGUGCCGCAGGUGUUGGGGAGUCUGAAAGACUUACAUGUAGCUGGACGUCCUCAGCUUGUUCGCUCCACGUCUAGAAGCAUCGGUGCUCUUCUUCAAAAUCAGAGGCCAUACAAAAUACUACAUUUAGCUCAAUAUAUGUCAUUUGAAUUGAAAUGUGUUAUUUUUUUCUUUUUAUAAACAUGUUCGAUGACCAAGCUCUGACGUAAUUGAAAAGAAAUGUCCAAUAAAACCGUAUUUAAAAAAAACGCUGCAAACUGACCUCAUAUUUGCUAAGAAAUGGAUGAAAAUCUUAAUUUUCCAAUGGGGAAAUGUACUCAUUUAUGCUGGGCACUGUAUAUAUACACACACAAACUAUAGAUUCCCUUUUAAAUAAUAAGCCUACUACUUGUCAGCCUUUAGUAACUAUGUAUAAAUAUAUUGCUAGAUUUUUUAAUAACAAGAUAACACAAUUGAAAUCACACUGAUCAAUACUGAUCAAUCUUUUCCGUACCGUAACAUGGAAGUGUUCAGUACAUAAAUGAUCUCUGUUAAAGUCCUCUUACACCAACAGUAUUUAUCAGUUUGAUGGACUAGGUCUUUGCUAUAAUAAAUAAUUCACUGGUGACAGGCAUUUUUCCUAAUGCUUUUAAAAAUGCUGUCGUGAAGCGGCUUUAAAAGAAACCAGACCUGAAUUGUUCUCUCCUUAUUUACUUUUGACACGUUUGAUCGCUGUGUUUUGAUAAACAGACCGGAAAAAGCCUCUCUGGCAAUGUUUAUUAGAGAAGGGAUGAAUUUAGUGAAGACAUAGGUGAUUGUGCAUCAAAGCAUCAUGACAUGCUGUGCUGCUCCAGAGAGAUUUCGUCCUGGGGACAGUUUAGUUUUGGUUAUUCAGACAUGAAGCAUGAGUUCCAGUCUUUAUGCUGACGGCAUGCAAUUCUGCAUUUCAGUUGAGCACUUUUUGUAAUAGAAAUAUUUUCCAACCAUCCUGCCUUGUAAAGUGGAUUAAUGCAGUUAUUUUUGGUUUUAUCGAACAAAGAUGGAACUAAAAUCAGCGCUUUAAAAUCUAAGAAAGGGCCAAAGAAGCUGUUUGUCAUUUCGGGCAGUGAUCUGAGUUUUGAAAGGUUGCUUCAUUGUUUUUAUCUUGGCUGGAUAAUUGCGUGCUUGCACACUUCUCCGAGCUCGCCGCUUCCUGCUGAGGGUGAAACACAGGGCAUCUGUGACUCACACUAUCUAUACGGUACUGCCACAGGCCUUCUAGCCAUGGCUUGGUUGGUUAGAGGAAGUUAUCUGCUCCGCUAUUAGAUUUGUAAAACGGUUGAGCCGGUGAACUUUGCCACCAACAGCCAUUUAAGCUGCAGCCUUUUGCGAUCUUAACAUGAUGUCAGUGAACUUUAAUAUAAUUGUGAUGAAUGUUUAUGUUAAGCUAAGCUUCUAUAGCAACUCUAUUGCUUGAAUAUACAGUGGUACGACAGAUUGGAGAAGAUUUGCGGCAUUCUCUAGCUGAACUCUUCUGAGAAUAGAGAUUAAGGCUCAAAAGUGAACCGCUGGUUCUAUGUAUUGAUUAAACUUCUGGGAUGUCCUGCUUCGCUUGCCGUUUAUAUGUCGGAAAGUCAGCGAAUCGAAUAAAACUGCGCUUCAGCUGAAGAUCCAGCUUGACAAGUGAAAAGCUCUGAAAUCAAGUGCCUGAGUUUUUGACAAACAUGGGGACGGUUGAAGCAUUUUAAAGCACGCUUGCGGAGGGUGACACGGUGACGUUCAGCUGCAAUAAAUCUGUGUUCAAAACGUUCAACAUGACCCACGAAAGCACGGAAAAGCCGAACGGUUCGCCUUUCAGAAUAAGCAUCACAUUUGGACUGAAGAAAAGGAGUCAUCGAUAUUAUUACCAGUUCUUACAAUGAAAAACCUCCACUACCACUCAACUCUCAUGAUUACGAAGCCUGCAUCGAUUUGAUCGAAAGUACAGUAAUACUGUAAAUGCUUUUACAAUAAAAAAAAAUCUUAA